GAACAGUUGUUGCGUUUUAUUGUGGCUUUUCCCUUUAAGACGCCAGAGGCCUACAUUUCCCAUAAUUCCACGCUCCAUAACACUCAUUAAAUCAAGUGAGUCCACGCGACAGCGACAGCAGCAUCCGAGGAGAUGAUCCGGUCAGGCUCCGGUAACACACUCAGCAAACGGUGAAGUGUUUUUACCGGCGGAGAUGUCUCUGUCGUCCACGGGGAGCCCGGACACGACCAGCCGGAGGAGGAGGCCGGCUGAACACGCGCAAGAUUCUUCAAGCGAGCAUGAUCCUCUGUUAGGUUACAGUAAUGAACAGGCCCAUGAUCGACUGUGUGGCGCUCAGCACGCAGACUCCUCCACUUCAUCUUCACAACACUCCUUAUAUUCUGCAACAAAAUGCACUGCUGCAUGUGCAUGUGCAUGUCCGAGCCAUCAUGCAUGCGAAGACAGCUGGGAGGAAAGCCAAAAUAAGAAAACCAUCAGAGCCGAGAAUGAAGUGGAAGCCAACAAACUGGUCAACAAUUACAGAUUUGGGUUUAGAAAGUGGAAGAGCCACGUGACGGAGCGGCCGUUUGAAGGCCGGUCAGAUGUUGUGAAAGAACUAUACUCUGAGCUGAAUGUCAUAAAACCGCAUUCAGGUCCAGGUCAUUUCAUCACAUGUGGAAACCUAGCCUACGUGCUCCUGUUUGGUUGGUGGGUUUCUCUGGCAUAUUUCCUGGUUGGCACACUGAUGUUCAUCACUGUUACUGGGGUACCGUAUGGUAAACUGUGCUGGAAGCUGUGCUGCUACUUCCUGUGGCCGUUUGGCAACCCAAUCCACGAGAUGGGAAAUACACUGAGGCGAUGCUGUGAGCGCGCACCAGACUGUGAAUGCAGUAUGGAGGCGGAAGAAGAUAACUCACCAUUUCUGCUGCCAUCACCCACAGAGGUGCCAGUCCCAGAGAUGCCAGACCGACCUCUGCGCACUCCUUACUGGCGUCGUUUUGCCACCUAUGUGUGGCUGCUGCUGGGAUAUCCUCCUCUGGUGGUCGUUCACUCUCUGGCGUGCUUCAUCUCCUGGAUCCUGGUCUUCACCAUUCCAGUUUUCAAGAUGAACGCACGAACUCUGGGCGUCAUCCUCCUGCUGCCUCCUGAGGAUGUGUCUAUCUCUGCUGGCUCACAGAGGAAGCAUCAGGGCUAUGAGACCAGAGCGCUACUGUGUUGCUACCACGCUGCCAACUGGUACUACUACAAGUACACGAUUGAUGGGAUUAAUGUGUUUGCUGCCAACCUCCUCCCUCUAGUGAUAGUUGCCCUGGUAACUGGAUAUAUUGACAGAGAAAACAAGUACGCCAGCUCCGAUGUCAAAUUCACCAUAGCAAUUGGCUCCAUCAUACCUCUGUCAUAUUACAUUGGCAUGGGAAUUGCCAGCAUUUCAGCUCAGAGUAACUUUGCUGUGGGCGCUGUGGUCAACGCCACCUUUGGUUCCAUCACAGAACUGACCUUUUACAUCACAGCCCUGCUCAGAGGUCACCAGAAAGCUAACACCUGUCUGGAGGAGGUUGUUAAGGCUGCGCUGACUGGGACACUGCUUGGAUGUAUCCUCUUUAUUCCUGGCAUUUGCAUGAUAAUUGGAGGUCUCCGUCACAGUGAGCAAAGGUUCAACAGCCGUUCUGCCGGAGUGAGCUGCGCGCUGCUUUUCAUCUCUAUAGGAGGUGUGUUCGCACCCACGCUCUUCUCUAAGGCUUAUGGGAACUUGGUGUGUGACUCCUGUACCAACUCUACCGGGGCAAACAGCACAAGCAACAGCAGCGGGUCGUUUGUCUGCCACAACUGCCACUAUGACCUGAGCAAUGGUACACUGUUUCACAACCAUGUCCAGCCUUUGGUGUACACCGUGUGUGCCCUCCUGCCCGUUGCCUACAUCAUCGGUCUGCUCUUCACUCUGAAGACGCACUCCCACAUUUACAACAUCCACGUAGGAGAAGUACAGGGUAUGAAUCACUCUAACGAGUCACACUUAACAGUGAGUGGCCACCACGGGACGGUGGUCCACUGGUCACGCUGGAGGUCUCUGGUCAUCCUCAUCUUGGCUACGGUGCUCACGUCUGCUUGUGCCGAUCUUGCCACCGAGCACAUUCAGCCCAUACUAAGCCAACCAAACAUCUCUCAGUAUUUCAUCGGGGUGACCGUUCUGGCUAUGGUUCCUGAGAUCCCCGAGAUUGUUAACGGGAUCCAGUUUGCACUCCAGAACAACAUCAGUCUCAGCCUCGAGGUGGGAAGCUGUAUCGCUGUGCAGGUCUGCAUGCUACAAAUACCAAUACUGGUCCUAUUUAAUGCUUUCUAUGAUGUGGGAUUUGUGUUGAUUUUCAGUGACCAGCACCUGUGGGCCAGCAUCUUCAGUGUGAUCUUGGUCAACUACAUCUUCAUGGAUGGCAAGUGUGAUUAUUUUCAGGGUACAGCUCUGGUGGUCGUCUACCUCAUCCUCCUGGCUCAGUACUACUUUGCUCCAUCUCCAGCCGGCUGUUGAAUGUUGGAUGGGGAUUUUUUGCACAAAUUGCCGAUUUUUUUUUUUGGCAGUUUCUUAUCUCGUCAAAUUAUGCAUAAAUGUCGAUGGGGGAAAUCCCAAAUGGAACCUUUCAUUUUUUUAAUCUAUUUUAUUUCUUUUAUUGUAAUCAUACUUGAGACAAAACUAAAAAUUGUAAGCUCAGGAUGGUACUUUUGUGACUAGUGCUGUUAAAAAAAAAAAAGUAUAUUUUAUAAACUGACAUAAUUAACAGCAAUGAGAGAUCAACUAUUUUUACUGUACAACAGGAGUUUCUGCACUGAUCAUACUUUAAAGCAACAAUUGUGAUGAAGUCUGUAUAUUUUAACUGCAGUAAAAUUGUGUGUGUGAUGUGA